UACAUGACUUCUUCUUCAUGAGUGUCUUCGAGUUGAAAAAAGCAAGAGUCAUGCGAAGAUGCCCCCACGGUCUCGUGAGGAAUUCACUGUCGCAAUAAUCUGUGCCCUUCCGCUAGAGGCUGACGCGGUGGAGGCGUUAUUCGAUGAGCACUACGAUGAACUGGGCCAUAUAUAUGGCAAGCACGUGGGCGAUGCCAACAGUUAUAUAACUGGAAGAAUCAACAAUCACGAUGUAGUGUUGGCUUGUAUGCCAGGUAUGGGAAAUCGAAGAUCCGCUGGUGUUGCUCGUGGCUUGCUCGUUAAUUUCACAGGAAUCAAGCUUACCUUACUUGUCGGAAUCUGCGGUGGAGUACCAUAUGUAUCUGAUGGUACGGAGAUCGUCUUGGGCGACAUCAUUAUCAGUGAUAGUGUGAUUGAAUAUGAUUUUGGCAGACAGUACCCGCACGGAUUUGAGCGGAAAAGCGGUGUCAAGGAGGCGCUUACAUCACCUAGUCAAGAGAUCCAAUCCUUCCUAAACCGUUUACGAACUCGCCGAAUGAAAGAUCAAGUACAAAGACAAACCGCGCAGUUCUUGAGAAUCCUUCAAGAAAUGGAAGGGAAUGAGUGGAAUUAUCCCGGCGUUUUGCAGGAUACGCUAUUCGAAGCCUCUUAUCGCCACAAGCACUAUAAACAGCAAUCUACAGCUGAAUGCAUCUGUGCGGACUGCCACUCUAGCUUCAAUCCAGUGUGUCAGCAAGCGUUGAACGGUGAGUGCAAGAAUAUUGGAUGUACAGGAGAUUUGGUGCAGCGACACCGACUAAAUACUGACAGCCCACAACCAAUUAUUCACAUUGGCACGAUUGCGUCAGCAAAUUCUGUCAUGAAAUCUGGCGAGCAUCGUGAUCAACUGGCUGAAAACGAGGGUGUGAUUGGAUUUGAGAUGGAAGGUGCUGGAGUGUGGGAUAGCCUGCCUUGUGUUAUCAUCAAAGGUGUUUGCGAUUACGCAGACAGUCAUAAGAAUAAGAUAUGGCAGAACUAUGCUGCAGCAACUGCGGCAUCCUGUGCAAAAGCUGUCUUGGCGUACUGGGUUAAUGGCCUUCAGCAACAGCCACAAGCAACAAGUCAUCCUAAGCCAUCUUCAACGGUCCCCUUUGAGAGAGACGAAAUGUUCGUGGGUCGAGAAGAUAUUAUCAUGAGUAUUAAGAACGCUGUUCAAGAAGGUAGUGGGUGGACUUCUAAGCGUGCCGCACUCGUGGGCCUUGGAGGUGUAGGAAAAUCUCAGAUAGCGAUCGAGUAUACAUACCGUGUUCGAGAAUUUGCGCCUAAUACAUGGACAUUCUGGGUUCACGCGAGUAAUACAACGAGAUUUGAGCAAGGGUACCGGGAUAUUGCAACAGUAGCGAAGGUUCCUGGACGGGAUGAUCCAAAAGCUGACAUCCUCCAGCUGGUCAAUAAGUGGCUAUGUCAUGAGACGAACUGCAGACGGUUGAUGGUUCUGGAUAACGCAGACGAUAAUGAUACAUUUUUUAACACCUCUGGUGAACGUCUGCCUUUCGUGGAUUACUUGCCUCAUGUUUCUCAUGGAUCAAUUUUGGUUAUAUCACGAAAUCAGACGGUAGCACGGAACAUAGUAGGCCCUCGCGGUCAGCUGUUACAAGUGAAGCCAAUGAGUACUAACGAUGCCAUUACCCUAUUGCGAACUCGCAUUCAGGUGGACCAAUCAAAUGAAACGGAAGCAAAACUGCUUGUCAAGGCACUGGAAUGCAUUCCUUUAGCAAUUGCACAGGCUGGUGCAUACAUUUCGAAUCGCUCACCUCGAAUGAGCAUACCGACUUACCUGGAGCUUUUUCAACAAAGUGAGUCCAACCAGGAACAUCUAAAUUAUGACGAUGCUCAUGAUCUUCGACGAGACCGAAGCAUCCGACAUCCGGUCAUCACUACAUGGUAG